CGUCCCUUUUGUUGGAACAAGGUGCCAAUCUUUUGCACUUCAGCUGCGUCUUAGAGGAAGUUACUGCGGGGGAGACAUCAUGUCAGCAGGACUGGAGAUUGGAGGCAUUGCUCUGGGCAUCGUGGGAUGGAUCAUUGCCAUCGUGAGCUGUGCCCUGCCGAUGUGGAGAGUGUCAGCCUUCAUCGGGGCCAACAUCGUGACGGCGCAGAACAUCUGGGAGGGCCUGUGGAUGAACUGCGUGGUGCAGAGCACGGGCCAGAUGCAGUGUAAGAUCUACGACUCCAUGCUGAAUCUGCCUCAGGACCUGCAGGCUGCACGCGCCAUGACGAUCAUCGCCAUCAUCCUGGGCGUCCUCGGCCUGCUCAUCUCCAUCAUGGGAGCCAAGUGCACCAACUGCAUCGAGGACGAGGCAUCCAAGGCCAAGACCAUGAUCAUCGCGGGCAUCUUCUUCAUCAUCGCAGGCAUACUGAUGCUCAUCCCUGUGUCCUGGUCAGCCAAUACCACCAUCCGGGACUUCUACAACCCCUUGGUCAUCUCCUCUCAGCGUCGAGAGCUGGGGGCAGCUCUGUACAUCGGCUGGGCGGCGGCAGCUCUUCUCCUCAUUGGCGGGGCCAUGCUGUGCUGCACCUGUCCUCCGAAAGAGACGAGGUACAAACCCCCGAAAAUGGCGUACAACAACCCCAGCUCAGCGAGUGCCGCUGGGUACGACAGGAAGGAUUAUGUUUAA